AUGGCAGACGGUUCAACGGGUGAGAGAGAUGCCUUGUCACUCCCGCUGCCUGGCACGCCGAGGGAUAUUUUGAGCUUUAUCGAUCUUCGAGUUGGUCGAACACGCCAAAUGAAAGCAAAUGCUGGCCGCGAAGCAAAUGCGCUGUUUACGGUCCGAUUAACCCCGCUCCCACGCUCGCCAGAGAGUGUAGUGAUGGGUGCAGUGGCGGUUGAUGGCAGGGUCACUCUAUAUACGCAAGCGUUGCCAAGCUUGUGA